AUGCACGCGUCACUUAUUCGUCGUCAGUUGGGGGGUAUCGUUCCUCCCAAGAUCGCUACUCCGUCACUUUUGACGUCGGGCUCUGGUUCAAGCCUCACGCCUCUGGUCAACUUCUACUCAAAACUGCCCAAGGGUCCAGCAUCCGCGGUUUCUGGUGGCGGAAUUAAAGCUAGAUACUUCAACGGCAAGAACGCAUCCGCUGCCCCACUCGUUUGGACGAUCUUGGGUCUCUUCACUUUCGGAUACACCAUCGACUACCAGAAACAUCACAAGAACCACCCGCACUAG